UGAAAACGACUGCGAGGGAGACUAGAUCACCUAUAGCUAUAGAUGAAUAUAAAAGAGGAGCUAACUAUGUCUGCUGCUAAACAGAAGGAGUUAAGACUGUAGGGACAGAGGAGGCUUAAUUUCAAUGCAUAUAUGUACACGAGUGUAAUACAUUCUAAGGGUAGCUGGGGAUGGGGAUGUAUCAAAUUCUCAAAGGAUGGGGCUUUAUUAAGCCAGUCUUUCUGGGAAAGACCAUAAAGCUUGGUAUUUUAGAGAAAUUAAAUGCUGGAGAAGUGCUUGUUGGAGAUGGAGGAAUGACACAUGCUUUGGAGAAGCGCGGAUAUGUAAAAGCAGGGCCUUAUACCCCAGAGUGUACAGUGGAACAUCCAGAUGCAGUGAGACAACUUCAUCGGGAGUUUGUGAGAGCUGGAGCUGAUGUUAUUCAGGCAUUUACCUUCUCAAUGGAUGAUGAUAUGGACAGCUCUGAAGCUAAACAUGGGGCCAUAAAAAUAAACCAGGCAGCAUGUGAGCUCGCCAAAAGCGUCGCUCAGGAGGCAGGGGUAUUUUUCGCGGGAUCUAUCUGUCAGACAGCUUCUCUAUAUUCCCAAGGGGCUGGAAAAGAAACUGUAACAAAGAAGUUUAGAGAGCAAAUUGGUAUUUUUAUCCGGAACGAUGUUGAUCUAAUCAUAGCCGAGUUUUUUGCGAACGUAGAAGAGGCUGAGUGGGCAGUGGAAGUGAUGAAAUCCACAGGGAAACCAACAGCAGUAACCUUAUGUAUUGGACCUGAUGGUGACAGUAAUGAUGUUCCUGCAGGAGAAUGUGCUGUUAGACUAGCGAGGGCAGGGGCUGAUAUAAUUGGAAUCAACUGUCGUUUUGAUUCAAACAUCACUUUAAUGGCCAUUGGUUUAAUGAAAGACGCGUUUGGUAAAGAAGGCCUCAAGCCCCAUCUAAUGGCUCAACCAGCUGGUUACCAUACCCCUGAUGCUGACCGUAUGGGAUGCCCUCAUCUGCCAGAGUCGCCGUUUGCUUUAGAGUCUCGAUUCGUAACUCGCUGGGAUGUACACAAGUACGCUCGGCGGGCCUAUGACAUGGGAGUGAGGUUCAUUGGUGGCUGUUGUGGCUUUGAGCCAUAUCAUAUCCGGGCCAUUGCAGAAGAGCUUGCUCAUGAAAGAGGCAAGUUACCUGCUGCAAGUGAAAAGCACAGUCCUUGGGGAGAAGCUCUUAAACGCCAUUCACAACCAGAAGUUCGUGCAAGAGCCAGUCGAGCUUACUGGGAGAAUCUAAAACCAGCCAGCGGUCGGCCGAAUUGCCCGGCAUUGAGUGGACCUGGAAGACUGGGUUUAUUUCAAUGAAAAUGCUUGGUUAAUGAUCAUAACGUUACCUUGUUUUGUAGUUAACCAUGAGAGUGCGUGUUUCGCUUCAUUAGAAGACAUUUAUGGUCGUCUCUUUGUGGGGAUUGUUCAUUAUUUAAGACAGGGUAAAGGGCGAAUUUAUGGUAAAUAUUCAAUGCUUGGUUAUUAUUUUUUUAAAAGAAGUUAAUCAUCCAGAUUAAUAGUUGCUGUACCGUUUUUGCUCAGACGUCUGUAACACGAUUAAAACACCUUUUGAUUGUAACUGCAGUUCACCAACUUGAAAGAGGAGAGAAAGGUAAAACUGCCCGUCAUGACGAAUUAACAGCCGGUUUCUUAAGUGUACUAAGAAGCGUACAGCUGUCGGUGCCGCCACAGGUAGCCCACCUUGGGCUACCUGUGGUACCGCGUGAGGAGAGGGCUGAGCAAAAUAUGGCGAUCAGCAAGCCUCUUAGAUCACCAGCCACAAGUACAUUUCUUUGUAUAAAUAAUCGUGUUUUCAACUCUACCACAUGACGUAAUAACAAACCAACGAGAAAGUGAUUAUAAAACACAUAAUGAUUACAUUAUAGAACUGCAGACUACAAGUAUACUACAAAGUACUUAAACGACAAAUUGGUUGCUUCUCUUAAAAACUGUCUUUAGCUGUAAAGUAUUCAGGUAUAUUUUAAGCUAACUACCAGAAUUAAUAUGCUAAUUAUAAGCUAAACAGUCUUGUUCUUUGACUUGAUUACCCAUGAUAUCCUACGGCAUCUGCAAAAUAAAAAUCGCGAAAAGUAUACUUUGUAAGAUUGCUGCAAGCAUCCGAGGAGUGUUCGAAGCAAACAGUUGCAAAGCUAAAUGUAAAUGGGGAGACGGCCAGUUGGAACACGAGUUUCACGUGAUGAAAUUGUCAAUAGUUUUUUGAGAGGGGUCUUUAGGAAGUUUGAAUUUAGAACUAUAAGCUUUCUGUGACUGGCUGUGAAGAACCUGUUCGUAAUGCGACAGUCAGUAAACAGCUCAGAUUUCAUGUUCAGCGAGGGACUUAUUUACAUUCGCGUUCUAUGCAAAGAACGAGGGUUGUUGGAGAAAGUUUUGUUCUUUUGGCUUGGAUAAAAGAUAAAUAUCAGGUAAAACAAAUGAAGCCUUCUGUUUUUUGUUUGUAAAGUAGACGUUCUUAGUGGCUGACGUAUGCAAACAAACUAUCCGAUCGUAUACAAAGGAACUGAAAUCGCACUUUGUAGUUAGUCAUUAUUGACUAUCUAUUGAGCACAGACAAACAAACAACUUUAAAACAAAUAUUUUCCUUUAUCUUGUUUUUUCUUUUGAUGAUGUUUCCUAGAUUACCUCGCGUGUGAGCAGACAAAAACCUCGUAAAAUGGGCGUUUCACGACCAAGAAGGAUAAAAAAAGAGUCUUCACGGUGACUAGAAAAAUACCAAAACUAGAACAAAUCUUCGAGAGAGGCCUAAUAUUAAACUUGUUAUUUAUCUAUUUUUGGUAGAAAAUAAAUUCACUCCAUUUCAACACUUAA